GUUAAAAUAAUGUAUCUCACAUUAGGAAACUGGUUUUAUUUUAAUUAUUACUAAAAAAACUGCAUUCGAACUGAGCUCUAGAUGUCGCUGCAGCAAAUGUGUAUUUUUGUUGAGAGGCAAACCUCUGGAGGGAGAGAUCAGGCAGAAAGGAGGAGAGAAAGGCAGAGCKGUUUCCUCUGGUUCUGCUGUGCUCAGAACACUCUUCCUGUCUCUCCCAGCUCCGAGCACCAGGUGUGUCUUUUGCUGAAGCUUUCCCCACUUCCCAACUGGAUUUGGAGUCUGGAUGAAGACCGCGCCUCUCCUCGGCUGCACGCGCUACCUCCGGCUCUGAGGAUGAUGCAGUGAUACAGAAAGCGCAGCAUCCUCUCUCCUCCGCCGCUCUCAGCCAACACCGGCACCGUCAGCUGUUGCUCUACGGCAGAGUGGAGGAGUGGAGAGCUACAGAAAGGCCGAACUAUGCCACCGGUUUCCGAGCGGUAACCGAUUUCCGUCCUUAAAGCCGACAGGGGAAGCGGAUGCGAGCAGAGCUCGGUGCCGAACCUCCAAGUUAUUUUCAGCCCGUCUGUCGGUGCCGGAGGAGCUGUGCCAAUGGAAAAGGCAACUCCGCCGCCCCAGCCCCAGCUCCAGCUGUCCAUAGCGAAGACCGAAAGUCCAGCAGAGGACAUCUCYGGUCUGAGCGACGAGGAGCUGCUGAAGUGGACCAAACAGGACCUGGUGCGCCGGCUGAGGCGCUCCGAGGCCGACAAGAUGAGCGUGAUCCUGGACCACGGGAAUCUCAUCCGAGAGGUCAACCGCAGCCUCCAGCUGCACCUGAACGAGAUCAGGGGGCUGAAGGACGUCAACCAGAAGCUGCAGGAGGACAAUCGAGAGCUGCGGGACCUGUGCUGCUUCUUAGACGACGACCGUCAGAAAGGCAAGCGUGUGUCCAGGGAGUGGCAGCGUCUCGGACGUUACAGUGCCAGCAUCAUGCGCAAAGAGGUGACCCUCUACCUCCAGAAGCUCAAGGAGCUGGAGCUCCGACAGGAAGAGGUGAUCCGGGAAAACCAGGAGCUGAAGGAGCUCUGCCUGCUGCUGGAUGAGGAGAAGGGGGUGGUGGGAGGCGGAGGAGGAGGAGUCGGGGGAAGUGGCGGUGGAGGGGUUGUAGGGAUGGGGGGAUGCCGUAACUCAAUAGACAGCCAGAACAGCUUGCUGCUGGUGCCGGGUCAGGGGCUGCUGAUGAGAGAUGUAGGGGAUGGGAGCAGCACCUCCAGCGCGGGGAGUGCCGACAGCUCCGAUCACCCCCACCACAAGCAGGCCCACCUGGCUGCAGGAGUGGGAGGGCUUGGUAGUAGUGUGGAAAAAGGGAGUCCUGAACUUUUGCACAAACCCCGGUGUAGCAGCAUUAGUGGAAUAGUAGGAGUGAGUGUUGGAGACAGGGAGGUGUCCAGUCCCGAGCACCCGGCUGGGCGCCACCGAAGCACAAGCCUGGAGUAUCCGUACACGCUGCCGCAGCUCUCCCGGCCCCGCUGCGGCUCCAUAUCGGUUCCUGACCACAGUCGAGUCAUGCGGGGCCUGAGUCCAGAAAAAUACGGACGGAACAUAGGCCAUCGUAGUCCRGAGCAGCAUCCCAAGCACCACAGCUCUGAUCUUGUGCUAGGCCAAAGGCAUAACUACCUGGGCCACGGAGGCAGUGGAGAGCUGUAUCAAAAGUACCAGAGGAGCAGCAUCAGCAGUACAGGCUGCGGGAGUCCCGAGCCCCGGCACGUGCAUUUAGGAACUGGAGAGCAUCACGAGAAGAGCUGCAUGAUUCAAGGUAGCCCCGAAACCCAUCGGCACCAGUACGGUAUGAGUCCUGACCACGUGAAGUUUGGCAGCCCCGUGAGAGACGGGCAAAGGAGGCCGGCUGGGGAUGACCUGUCACCUCAUCAUCGGAGCAUCUAUAAUGGCAUGAAUGCUUUGAUAUCAGCUGGCUGCUGCUCCAACAACUGUAGAAAUGUCAAGCUAUGGGACAGUUUUGACGCAUCCUCUUGACAACCUGCCCACCCACGCCUCUCGCAAGAAGGAGGGGUAGUGGUGGGCCAGCCCUCGGUUGACUCUGGCCUUGAACGACUCCGGCGCCCCCGGAAGUCGCCCUCCGUGGCUCCGGACCGGCUGUAGUUCCAGGCCUCAUCCGUGUCUGCAGUCCUCAAAACAGCCUGCCUCCAUGUUUUCAUUUCUACAUAUCAAGAGUUUCAGCAGAUGUGGGUGGACUCGUUUUAUUUUUGUUACUGCUGUUUGGUGAGACGUGUAAGGACUGCCUUGGCUGGAUGAGUGGAUAUCUCUCGGUGCCAGCUGUGGAGUCGCUGCCUCCUGGAGGGAAACUAAAGAGGGACAACGAGUCUUGGUGAGGAGUUGAACAGGACUCUGCUCUGUUUGUGCUGCUACCCUCUGUUUACAUGUGGAUCAUCAGUGGAGAAGCACAGAAAACUUCAAAACAUACCACCUCUUUUCCACUCUUUGUAUUCUUUCUUCUACAUUUUCUAUCUUCUUGACAUCCUUGUGUGUAGCGAGACUGCUGUAAUCUAAUGUUCAGAUCCAAAUCCAGAUGAUCACAUGGUUGCCAUUGUCCACAUUCUCAUAAAAAAUACUUUUCUCUGCCAUUCCAAAUGAACAGAAAACAUAUUUUUCAAAGAUAUACUUCCUGUGUCUUAAACCAAGAUGGUCGACAUUAGCUGCUGACAAAUGUUCUAGUUCUGCAAGAUGCAAUUAUCAGGUGUAAUUAUUUUCUCUGCUCCCUCAAAGCGCCUAUACUGAAGCUGGGGAGGAAGUGAGACGGUUCUCAAUAUUGUUUAUUUGUUUUGAUUUUUUUACAAGAAAGUACAGUUUGAGUAAAAUGUAGAUUAUUGGAUUAGUUUUCUAUAUAUCUAUAUAUACAAAUAUAUUAUGAUUAUUAUUUUUGACUUACUGGUAUUAGAACUAUUAUAUGAAAAUGCAUAUGAUGAAUCAAUUAAUAAACAGACAUCUUUAUCUAAAAGUG